AUGACUGCAGUUCUUAGAACGAAGGCAUACCUGGGCUAUACGGUACCUGAAGAGAAUAAUACUCACAUUUACUUUAAGAAAGCAGAGGCACAGUUCUGGAAAUUAAAACACUAUUUGGAGUUUCGUCUCAAAUCCGAUGAAAUAAUUUUACCAUGGUCUACUGUUUACAACGAUUGGCAAAAUUCUCUGAAUCUUAUCGCAAAAAACAGUAUUAGAAAGGCUCCCGGCUGUAUAACUAUAUUUUGCAAAGACCUCCUUGAAAUUUGUAAAACUUUUGAAGGAUUUACUAUAAGGAAAAGUUGUGAGGAACUCUAUAACGAAUUCUAUCAACUGAGCCUGGACAAGCAGAUUUCCGAGAGAAUUCGGCUACUCGAUUCAACAAUAUUCACAGAACGUAAGUUUUCAGAAUUCUUACGAAACGCUUCGAGCAAAAAACGAAUAGGGGAAGACAACGAAGAAGCCUCAUCGUCUAGUGAAAAACGAGUUCGCUAUGAAGAAUAUAACGUAGAUAACGUACCGUCUGAAUUGUUCAAAGGUCACAAAGUAUAUGACUAUGAUGACGAAAUCUCUGAUGUUAAAACUAUGAAUUUCUCAAAUGAAGAGAGUGAAACUGAAGAAAUUUCCCAACCAGAAGUUGUACAAGUGGAAAGUUCUCCAUUUAAUGCGUGGAUUCUCUCAACAGGGAAAAACGUCUCUCAAGUUUUGGAGAACUUUAGAUCAACAAUUCCAAAAUCAAAGGCUUACCUAUAUCCUGCAUUUUUUGGAAUACUUGAUUUAUCCGGGGAAGAUACAGAAGUCAAGAAACUUUUUACCGACGAUGAAUGGUCAGAAAUGAAAAAUGAUUUUAGAAAAACAGUGGAACUUAAAGAUAUAAAAGAAGACGAUAAUAAGCCGGAAGAGACUAAUAACAGCGGUGGAGGAAAUAAUACUACCACUAAUAAUGAAGCAAAACGACAAUCUCAAGAAGAAAUGCUGUACGACUUAUUUGAUAAAAUCCAAGAGGCUAUUAGAAAGAAGCCAGAUGAUCUAAUCACGGCGAUAGAAAAAUGUAAAAUUGAGGGAAAUUCAAAGAUCAACUCUAUUCGAAGACUAAUCCAAACCUACGCUUAUAAUCUGGAAAGAUUACAAACCUCGAUCUCAGAGGCUAUGUUCUCCAAUAAUUUUACGAACAUGUUAACUAAAGGCAUCCUGACGUACCAUCAGAAGUUUAAAUAUGAUGAAGGAGAGAUACAAAGUAUUUCAUCUGCAUUCAUUACAAAUUCAACGAAGAAACCAACAGACAGGUCUCUGAUAGGACAAAAAUAUGAUUUUAGGGUUACAUGUGACAGAUUUGAAAUGGUUAUUGGGUUGCGAUCUGGGGGAUUGCCAGAAGCCUGUGAAUCAAAGAAGUGGGACGAUAAGAUUGAUUUGAUGGUUGCAAUGCGUGAUGUAUUAUUGCAGGAAGCAAUCGAAAAUAAUGGAGUAGAGUGUACAGAUUUCAAGCAAUUAUAUACAAUUGGGGUCCACUCGUAUGGCUUUUUUUAUAACGUCUAUGCCAUGGAUUGGAAAUCAAGAGGUUUGUGGAGGCUAGGCUUACUUAAAAAAACAAAGUUACCACAAUCAAAUGCACAAUUGCUCAUGAUUGAGAAAUUAGUUAUGACAUUGCUACGAAUUGAGUUAACACUCAAUCAUAUUGAAACUAUUCGGAAUGACUUAGCAGUAAAAGCGUUAAGAUUACAUAAAAAAAGGUGCACCUCUGUCGUCCUUAAACAAUAUGCAGUUUGUGAACAACAUUUAAGGCGGAUACGUAUUUUAAAAGACAUAUAUAAGGAUUAA